ACUUACUAACCUGUGUUUGGUGGUCGUUUCAGCAAAUAAUAUUUUGGGGGUCCUGUGUGACCACGACAAUGCUUAGAUCGCAGGAUGGAACCCCACAACAGUUGACAUUCACAUGGACGGCAGCGGCGGCGGACGAGAUCGGCAGCGCUGGGAAGCGAUCAAAGAUUUCACACAUCACGACUCACGCGCUCAACUCGUGGGACAUCGAUGGAGGUCUUGCCGCGGACUUCGACGGGUCUCUCUCGGGACUGGGCACCGAGAUGGGCACGUCCAGCUAUAACAUGAGUGAAGCCUUGUUAGCACUGCCAGUGUUCAAGCAAGAAAAUUUAGAAAAUGGCUUCCAAUAUAUCCUUGGAGCAGCUACAUCUCCUGCUGUGAAGAUGAACGAAGAAACAUUAACCUACCUCAACCAGGGGCAAUCCUACGAAAUUAAGCUGAAAAAGCUGGGUGAUUUAUCCGAUCUACAAGGAAAGUUUUUACAGACACAAAUAAAAAUAUUAUUUCACGAAAGACGACUUCAAUACAUGGAAAAAGAACAGAUAGAAGCUUGGAAACGCAAUCGUCCCGGAGACCGGAUUCUGGAUAUAGAUAUCCCGUUAUCGUACGGUCUUAUUGAUGUGAACCUGGACUCAGUCCGUCUGAACCAGGCUGAGUUUAUCUGGGACCCGACGAAGGAGACCGGUGUCUACAUCCGCGUGCACUGCAUUAGCACCGAGUUCACGGCCAAGAAACAUGGCGGAGAGAAGGGCGUACCAUUCCGGAUUCAGGUGGAGACGUACACUAACAUGUCCACCGACUCCAAACUCAUUCACUGUGCAUCGUGUCAGGUUAAAGUUUUUAAGCCGAAAGGUGCAGACCGAAAACAUAAAACAGAUCGAGAAAAAAUGGACAAACGAUCUGAGGCAGAAAAGGAAAAAUACCAACCUUCAUACGAAUGUACAGUGUUAACAGAGGUUCCACUAGACCAGGUGUUGGCCGCGCAAGCUGCUCUCGUGUUAAAAUCACCAACAUCUUCAAUAUCUAGCAUAUCACCGAUGGCUGCUAAUAGUCUAAGCGAAACAAGUUGUUGCAGAUCUCCCCCCAGUACAGUGAGUCCUCCUUCUCCCCCCCAGUCAACAUCCACCCCUGUGGUGGUGCGGACGCCCACAUCUCCCGUCAUCACAGGCAAACGGCAGCCAGAACCAGAACCACUUGCAGGGCCCAUGGCAGCUGAUACUACAGCUUCUGAAGUUACUCAGUGGCUGAUUUUUAACAGGUUUUCUAACUAUACCCGGGUAUUCCAAAACUUUUCAGGUGCUGAUUUACUACGACUCAACCGAGAAGAUUUGAUACAGAUCUGCGGAUUAGCUGAUGGUAUUAGACUGAAUAACUGUCUGCAGUCACGAGCUGUAAGGCCGCGACUUACGAUUUAUGUUUGUCAAGAGUUGGAAUCAGUUUAUCACGCACUGUACCUCGACCAAAUGACUGUACCAGAAAUGUCGCAGAGAUUGGCGCUACUGUUCGGCAUGCCAGUGUCACAGAUAGGAGACAUCUACAUCCAGGGACCGUCGGGAAUUCACGUGCUAGUAACAGACGAGGUUGUGGCUAACAUCACUGACCAGACGCGGUUUUCUGUCGAAGGAAUGAAAGAUGACAGCAGUCCUAAGUAUCGUGUUUUGCUGAGAAACAUGGAAUGAACGUCGACUCUAAGCACUUCUCUAAACUGCUAAACAUAAUCUGGUGAAUUAGGACUUGACGAAUGGCAGCGUACCGCUCGACAAAGCAAUAUACGUUACAGGAACUGAAAAAUGCUCGUUUCAUUUAUUUUUUCUGCAGAUGACAGCAGUCCUAAGUAUCGCGUUUUGCUGAGAAACAUGGAAUGAACGUCGACUCUAAGCACUUCUCUAAACUGCUAAACAUAAUCUGGUGAAUUAGGACUUGACGAAUGGCAGCGUACCACUCGACAAAGCAAUAUACGUUACAGGAACUGAAAAAACCACUAGAGUGCACCACCGAGGAAUCUCGGCAAAUCGGCAAGGUUUUCGAGGGCUCACUUCAUUUCCCGGUUAUAAAAAUAAGGGAAACAACGCGACCAGAUGUAACCGUGACUCUUGGUUUGCUUUGUUAGUGCUGGGGUGUCGAACAUUUGUUCUUUCAUCCAUCCAUCCAUUCAUUCGUUUGUUCAUUCAUUCAUUUCUUGGAUUGCUCAUACAUGAUUUCAUUUUUUCGUCUCCUCUUGUUUAAUAUGUAAUACUAACAGGAGAGAUUACGAUGUGAACCCGCCAUUGGAAUUUGUAGGGAUUUAAAAAAAAAAAAAAAAAUUGACUUAUUACUCACAGCUGUGUUACUGUUUCUAUGGUAACAGAAUGUUGUAACACUUGUAAUGAUUUAUGGUUUCCUGGGUAACUAUGUCUCUAUGACCUCUUUGUCGUUUUUCCCCAGGUGACAAUAUUUUACUUUUGUUUUAUGUUUCUGAAGGUGGCACAUAUCUAUAAUGCAAUUAAAUUCUGUGGGCAACAGUGUUUUGUGUACAUUGACAUCCAAUAGCCGAUGAUUAAUAAAUCAAUUGGCUCUAGUGGUGUUGUUAAACAAAACAUUUGCUGUUAUUAUAUGGUUCUCAAAAGGCACGUUUGUUGUUUCAUACUAUAACUUAACCUCUCAGCCAUUGUGCAUUUCCCCUCUUUUUUUUUUUUUUUUUACAAUGGACUGAUCCAAAUGUCUCAACAGUCCGUUAUUGACUAGAAUCAUCUGUUGUGAAAAAAAGAAAACUUUUCAUCAUUUCCACAAAAUUAUCGUGACAUCACAUGUUUUCAGUUGUGUAAACGAAAUAUGAAUAGAAACGUGAGAAUGACAAAUGGUACAUUGUUUAAUAUUAUUAUUACAUACUGUCAUUAUAGUGUAAUUUUGAAAAAUAUUUGUAUUUUGCAAUGAAAGUAUAUGGGGCAGUUCACUGAUACUAACAUUUUCACUGAGCAUACAAACCAUACUCUUAUUGGUUAUUUUUGUCUCUUUAUGGUGGUUUGGGAUGGUUGAUAUAAAAGAUCCCUUGCUACUAAUGGAAAAAUGUAGCGCGUUUCCUCUCUAAGACUAUAUAUCAACAUAACCAAAUGUUUGACAUCCAGUAGC